GUUUUGUCGUGUAAACAUAUUCAAGAGUGAAUAUCGUCUUGUUUUUCAUAGUGACUUUUAUCAUAGUGUGUUAUUUGUGAUAUAUUGAACUGGAUUUAAUAGACGUGUUUCAAACAAGAUGAUAACCGAAGUGUGUAGUGGGAGCAGACAGGCAAAAACACUUUCCGAGAUGCUUCGUUUCACGCCCGCCAAGACCUCGCCGGCAGACGACAUUGACUCCAUCAUCACCCCGCCACUCAAGGGAGGCCAUUGGUCACUCGGCGACAGCGCUCAGUCAACCACGGAUACCCCCUGUACCACUUCCGGUCUGGACGGCUCCUAUACCGAGAUAUGUCUCAAGCCCCUCGGUCGCUUUUUGUCGUUUGAUGUCAAAAGAAGCCUAUUUUCUGGCAAACGCGUGGCCGAACAGAUGAAUGAUGCAGAAGACUCACCCGCAACCAAGCGUCUACGUGAGGCAGAUCUCACUAUACAUAACAUUUGUUUGAAGUCGAGUUCACCAGCCCUAUCACUGAAGAAUGACUGCAUCAAAACCAUGGUCCAGAAGCUGUCUACCGACGCCGACGUGAUCGCCGACGGCUCGAGACCUUACAUUCUGCCGACGGUAGUCGGGAAACACAAGGAUCUAAAGGCCAUCUCUCCAGAUACGAUGUCCGCAGUGUUGCACGGUUGCUAUGAUGCCGAGAUUGAUGGCGUCACAGUGAUUGACUGCCGUUACCCAUACGAGUUUGAGGGCGGUCACAUUCAGGGUGCAGUUAAUCUGUACACUCGCGUGAUGGUUCGAGACUUCCUCGUUUCACGUGCACAGAACCACGUGUCUUCCACGCGUCACGUGCUGAUCUUCCACUGCGAGUUCUCAUCAGAGAGGGGGCCUAAGAUGUACCGUCACUUACGUAGCGAGGACCGCGCCAUGAACUCGGACGUGUAUCCUCGCCUCCAUUUCCCAGAGAUUUAUUUGCUCGAGGGCGGCUACAAGGCCUUUUUCAACGCACACGGCAGUCAGUGUGAGCCGCAGACGUACAAGCCCAUGCUCCACAAGGAUCACGCGGACGACCUACGUCACUUCCGGGGCAAGUCCAAGUCCUGGACCGCUGGGGAGAGGCCGAGUUGUACAAGAACGAGUCUGAGAUUCUAGACAGGCGGUGAAAUGACCAAAUCGUUUCGAUUUCAAAUGUUUGAAAUGCCAUAUGGAUAACGUGACUUAUAAACUCGGUGAAUUGUUGAUCUGAACAUGGGUGCAAGGCCGCAUUGAACUUCGAAUUAUCUGUGAUAGCGUGCGAUGUGAUGUAGUUUAAAUCCAUGUUUAUGGCAUGUGCAGAGUCUUGCAUAUAAAGUUUAGAGUCUUGCAUAUAAAUCUGCACGUGUUGUAUGUCAAUUAUUUAUGUUCGUUCUAAUAUGUUGUGUUCAAAUGUACGCCUUGCUUUUGUUAUUGUAUUUCCAUUUAUUUCCCCAAAUUACCGGUACUCAUGCUUCUGUAUCUUUCUGUCGUUUUCUACCUUUUCAUGUUAUUAUGUAUAUCUGUAAUUUAUAUAUUUAUGUUGUUAUA